ACAGCUGCAACUUCCUCCUCUCUCUCUUUCUCUCUCUAUCUCUCUCUCUCACACACACACACACAUAUGGUUAGAACUUGUACACUGAUGGUUGUGAAGCAUAGAGAUAUUGUCCUGAAAAAUCAGUGCUAACAAACAUUGUAGGUUCACUUGAAUUUCAUCCUAUUAUAAGCUGUCCCCCCCUCAACAACAGAUGCAUACUUCACCUUUUGAAUGAUCGAGAGAACGAGAGAGAGACUGUGAACACAGAGGUUUCCUUAUUGAAAGAGUAGAGAGAAUCCAUCCAAAUAUUAUACGUAACUAAUUUUUGACAAGCUUAUGACGUAGUAGAUUGACUAUUCAACUUGUGUCGUCAAACAAUAAAUUAAUGCAGAACCCAUGUAUAAUUACUUAUGUUAGAACAACAAUUGAUAUGUCAACAAGUUAUAGACAUGCAAGAGACCAUCAUCAUAAUCAUAAAUCGUGCAUUCACAUCAGUUUUAUUAUAUUAUUAAUUAUACCAAAAAAAUAAAAAAUAAAAAAUUGGGAGGCCAGCCUGCACCUCCCAUCAAAUGCGGUGAUACUCUUGUAAAUAUUUACUAUAUUUGUUUCUUUUUCCCUUGAAUUUUUGUUAUUCUUUUUUCCUUCCAUUGCUCAAACAAGACAUAUAACCACAAACAACUACCAGCAUUCUUCCCCUGAAAAGAAGGGCAUUCGUGUUUCUCAAGGUAUUCUGAAGAUUAAAAAUCUUUCUGAAGGUUUUCAUGAAUGCAGAUUGCAGUGAAUGUGGAAAGUUGGGCAAGAAACAAGAACCCUUUUAGAUUCUUGAAGUUGGGGAGGGAAUGAGUAGUUGUUUUCUCAAAUUCUUGAUGAAUUAAAGAGUUGUUUGGCAUUGUGGAGAAAAUAAGAGAAUGGGGGUGGAUUAUUACAAUAUAUUGAAGGUGGGGAGGGGUGCAACAGAGGAUGACUUGAAGAAAGCUUACAGAAGAUUGGCCAUGAAAUGGCAUCCAGACAAGAAUCCCAACAACAAGAAUGAAGCUGAGGCCAAAUUCAAGCAAAUCUCAGAAGCCUAUGAAGUCUUGAGCGAUCCUCAGAAAAGGCAAAUUUAUGACCAGCAUGGCGAAGAAGGUCUAAAAGACAUGCCGCCGCCCGGUUCAACUGGAAACCAGAAUGGGUUCAAUCCCCGAAAUGCUGAGGAUAUAUUUGCUGAAUUUUUUGGGAGUAGUCCAUUCGGAUUCGGAUCUGCAGGAGCAGGGAGGUCGAUGAGGUUUUCCUCUGAUGGAGGAGGGAUGUUUGGAGACAAUAUCUUCAGAAAUGCUAGUGAUGGAGCUGGAGUAAAUAUGCCAAAGAAACCACCUCCCGUGGAGAAUAAAUUGCCUUGCAGCCUUGAGGAUUUAUACACCGGUUCAACAAGAAAAAUGAAGAUCUCAAGACAAGUAGUUGAGGCCAAUGGGCGAUUAGGGACAGAAACAGAGAUAUUAACCAUUGAUGUAAAGCCAGGAUGGAAGAAAGGAACAAAGAUAACUUUCCAAGACAAAGGAAACGAGCAGCCGAAUCAGCUCCCAGCAGACCUGGUCUUUGUGAUUGACGAGAAGCCCCACAGCACUUUCAAGAGAGAUGGCAAUGACCUAAUCAUGAACUAUCGUGUGACGCUGGCGGAAGCAAUUGGGGGCACGACCGUGGAGAUAACUACGUUGGAUAAACGCAAUUUGUCAAUCCCAGUAAACGACAUUAUAAGCCCUGGUUAUGAGCUAGUUGUUUCAAGAGAAGGCAUGCCGAUUACAAAGGAGCCUGGAAACCGUGGUGACCUUAAAAUCCGGUUUGAGGUUAAGUUUCCGACAAGAUUGACACCUGAACAACAGGCCGGCCUCAAGCGAGCUCUAGGGGGUUGAUUUGUAAGGGGUUGGUGGAUUAGGAUAUUGUCUAUGUCCGAGUCAUUCUUUGUCAUCUUUGGCCUCAGUUCAUGCUAACUGAUGCGUUAGUCUAGCAAAGCUACCUGUAGAUGACUGGUGAUCACCAAGAAACUGAGACUUCUUGGAGUAAGCAGAGGGUCUGUCAGAAAAACUAUGUACCGAAAUCGAUUGUAUUCUUGCAUCUGCAGACGUUUCAGUAACUUGCUUUACAAUUCUGCAGCCAAGCAUCU